ACCAACCAGUUGCAGCUGUUAGAAAUUUCAUUCUCAAAGGAAGUGUCAGCAAUGGUCUCGUGCGGCUGUCUGAAGGAUCCAUUUCACUAUGACUCUCCAAAAUCAAUCCGCUUUCGGAGCGUUGGAUGUGUAUGUGCAAAGUGGUUCAUUUAUGUAGUUAUUGCCAUAUAUAUUUGUUACACCCUCAUCGCUGACAAGCGCUAUCAGGAGAAGGAAGAAGUUACCAGCUCAGUUCGCACUAGUGUGAAGGGAGUGGCUCAUGCAGUCAGCAGGAUCUGGGAUACAGCAGAAUAUGCCAUACCAAUGCAGUCAAGAGACUCUUUUUUCGUGAUGACCAACGUCAUUCAGACAGAAAACCAGAUUCAAAGCAGAUGCCCUGAGGCUCCCUUUGCCAAAGCUAUCUGCUCUACAGACAAGUCCUGUGAAAACGGGAGUGCAUAUGUCCACAGUAAUGGAGUUCAAACAGGAAGAUGUGUGCAGUAUAAUGAAACUCUUAAAACCUGUGAGGUCACGGCAUGGUGCCCUGUGCCAAUGGAGGAAACCCCCCCUGUGCCUGCAGUUCUGAGGAGUUCUGAAGACUUCACAGUGCUAAUAAAGAACAACGUUCACUUCCCAAAAUUUAAUUACACCGUACAAAAUAUUUCACCAAAUUUCAAUUCUUCCUGCACAUUCAACAAGAUAACUUCCCCUCUCUGUCCAAUAUUCCGUCUGGGAGAUAUCCUUCAGGAAGCAAAAGAGAACUUUUCAGAGGUGGCAGUAAAGGGAGGAGUAAUUGCCAUUGAGAUUAAAUGGGACUGUAACUUAGACAGCUGGUCUUACUACUGCAGUCCAGAGUAUGGUUUCCGCCGCCUUGAUGGCAAAACAAGAACCCAAUACCCUGGAUUCAGCUACAGAUUUGCAAGGUACUACAAGCGAGAAAAUGGAAAGGAGCAGCGAACACUUUUCAGAGCCUAUGGAAUACGGUUUGAUAUCCUCGUCUUUGGCACAGGUGGAAAAUUUAGAAGUGUUGAACUCUUCACAUUCAUUGGAUCCACAAUCACCUAUUUUGGUUUGGCUUUUACUGCCAUUGAAAUCUUGUUUUCCUUAUACAAUUGCUCCGGCUGCUGGAAAAUACAAUUCUGUGAUAAUAUAAUCAGGAAGAAGUAUGAGACUGUGCUGGAGCCAAAACAGGUGAUGCUUGUGUCCUAUGUUGAUAAGCCACAUGUUAUUUUGAUAAAGAGGCCUCUGAAAACAAGCUUGCAGGAUGCUGAAGGCAGCAUUUUUGAGAAUCACCCUGUGAAAUUCAGUGAUCCUUGCAGCUUCUUCACCAAGGAGCCCAAUGAGAACCAUGACACUGAAGAAUCUCAGCUUAGUUGUCUAAUGCAAAGCACCCGUUCUCCGAAGUGCCCCAAGUGGUGCUGCUGUGGCCAAUGCAAUCUGACGCAGAAGUUCCACGAGCAGCUCUGCUGCCGCAGCACAGAUGGGCCGUGCAUCACAACCACCUAUUGGUUUAAGAAGCUGGUGCUGUCCAGAGAAACCCUGAAUAAAGCCCUUCUCUACGAAGACCCCUUUCUGGACCUGCAAGGUGACAAUACCAGCAAUCAGCUGCGUCAUGCUGCUUACAAGCAGUAUGUUCACUGGCGUUUUGGCUCUUUUGAGUUGGAAGACAGAGCUGUCAUCCCAAGUUGCUGCAGAGGGGUGAUUAGAAGUACUUAUCCCAAAGCAGAUGGCAACUAUACUGGUUUUAAGAUAGAAUGAGGAAGCAGCACAACUUGAGCUCAUGCAGUGGCUUACCUUGGGCAUUUAACCUUUGAUUUCUUUCAUAGGAUUUUUUUAUUUUUUUUUUAUAUGUGUAAAAGAAGAAGAAAAAGAAAGUGUGUGACAUCCCAAAAUCUUUGCUGUGCAGCUGAAUUUUUGUAUAUUAUCAUUAGAGAGGGACUGUUGCCUACUGCUUGUCUUAGAGGAACAAGUACCUUGAGCUAAAGUAUGUACUUCUCCCUUUGUUUUGCUCUGUGACUCACCCUGUGUGGUUUAGAAAUGUAGCCUCUGGGGUGAGCUCUUAGGGCUACAUUUUAGUGAGAGGUUCCAGGUCUCCUGUCUUUGCUUUGGAGUGUGCCAGACUCCCAGAUGAGUGAGGAGAUGACCAGCACCCUGAAAAUAAGAUGGAGCCAAGAACCAUCUAAAAGCAUGACCCCUGAAAGAAGGAAGCCCAAAAGAGAGAUCAGUUGAAGAUGUAGUCCUGAGCAUUUCUCUCCCCUAGCCUCACCACCUUGCUGCAGCUCUGGAUCAGAGGUUCUGGAAAGAAGCCAGUGAGUAUGCAUUUUCAUAACUCACUGUUAAAGGCCUGACAGUCUGUCCAGAUUAAACAGGCUUAUUUUAGAUUUCAGUGGCACAGAGAAAGCAUUUUCUGAAAAGCCCAGCUGUUCUCUUUGUAUUGGUCCUUUUACCUUAAACCGGGAAUUACAGUGGAAAGUACUUUUACCAUCUUUGUCUAAUAUUUUCAGGCAUUUCAUUCAUAUUCAUUGAAUUUUAAUGUUAGUCUUUGUCCUCCUGUUUGCUCUUAGCUUCUAACAGGCCUUGCCUCCUACACCUCCUCCUACUGCAUGCAGCACAGUGCAAGUUGCUUUUUACAGUGAUGCAUAAGGCCACAGCCAAGGAACAGCAAAUUUAGGGUAGAUUAAUCUGUGCUCCAACACCUUUUCAGUUCUUUCUUUUUGUUGUACUUGGCCAUGUUCUAUUUUUGUAGAAACAGGGUGAGAAGGAUUGUAACGUGUAUAUUUUGCACUCCUUUCAACUAAGCUUUGUUCUCUCUGAGCUAAACCAGCAGUUUGCCGUUUCAAUUCCCAACAUACAUUUUGAGAUAUAUGGCUGGGAGAUUGUCAGCUGUAUUUCUAUCUUCAGUUGUAAUAUACAUUAAUUGUAUUAACAUUCACAUUGCAUCAUUUUAUAUAUCUAGAGUGAGAAAAGAUUACAGUUGGCAUGAAUGCAUUCCUGUUCUGACACGUGCGCUAUCUUUCCUUUUGGAAGAAUUACAAUGGAUAUUCACUUAAAACUGUGAUUUUUAAGUUCUUUUCACUUUUCUCAUGUAUGUUUUUCUUUAACGCUCCCUCUUGCCCCUUCUCCUGUCACUUUUAACUGGCUUUGUAAUAAACAGAGCGUUUUUACUAGUUGA